GAAAAAGUGGUUGCACGUCCUUUUUCCUCCUCUCGCUGAACAGGGAAGGAAGGCAUAUAGUAACCUGGCGGAAACAUAUCGCACGGAAUAAUCUUGCAGGAGAGUUGACAAGUCUUGGUGAGGUUGUGAGAGUAUUUGAAGAGUGAGCGAGCUCAUCUCCGCUACGACGGGUGUACGACGGGAAAGCCACCGCUCCGCACUCCGCCCCGGACCACCCAUUUUCCCACGCUUGGGAUUCUCCAGAUAUACCACGAGCACUCGGCCGAAGACCUUUCCGACAGACGACCAGCAGCCAUGGAUGACCAAACCCUCACUAUCAACUGGUCUCCGGCGCUCAUUGUCGUUAGUUACAUUGUCUCCACCGCCGGAGCAUGGGUUGCCUUCGAGCUUAUCAGGCUUAGGACGAGCGAGAAGGGAUGGCUCAAUUGGGCUCUCCUGCUUUUAGCAUCCCUGGUCACAGGCGGUCUUGCUGUCUUUACAAUGCAUUUCGUUGGGAUGACGGCGUUUGAUCUUCACGGAGCGACCGCCGUCCCUAUUUUCUUUUCCACUGGGCUGACUCUUGGGUCGCUCUUCGAGCCGAUCUUCUGCGUCUGCGUCGGAGUGUAUGUUACCGGCACGCAGGAAAACCCCUCACCACUGCGUUUCGCCGCGGGCGGCGCCUUCGCUGCCCUCGGAAUCACUCUGAUGCACUUCACGGCCAUGAUAGCUAUGAAAGUGAGGUUGGACUGGAUACCAUGGCUCGUCGCGCUUGCAACAGCCAUUGCCUGGUUUGCCUCCACCACCGCAUUCGUGCUUUUCUUCCGAUUGCGCGCUCUAUGGCAAAACAGCAUCUGGAAGCAGCUGGGCUGCGCUUUGAUCUUUGCUUUGGCGGUGUCGGCGAUGCAUUACACGGGUAUGGCCGCAGCACGCUACGGCAUUGACCCAAACUACCCGCCAGGUAGCCCCGCUCUCAGUGACGGAACCGUAUCUGUGAACGAUGUCGUCAACAUUGGGCUCGCGUUCUGCGCAUUGUGUGGAGUCCUCCUGGUUGGGCUUCUCGGCAUGCGCUUCCGGACUCAUUACUAUGGCCUCGGUCGUAUACAUAAAGGACAGCUUACGUUAGCAGUGGUUCUCGUCAACUCGCGCGGCCAAAUCUUGGUCGACACCGCCGGACAUCUGCCUUCCCGUCUGGUCACGGGCGAAUUCGAUUUUGACAAGUGGAGCUCUCCCAUUGCUCACCCCGCUCUGCUUUGGCUUCUCAAGAUCUCCACCUGCUGGGACAAGUUCUCGCAGUUGAGUGCUGCUAUCAAGAAGCAUGGGAGCAGGGUGGCGACGCUGCUGGAUGAUGUGUUGAACACGCCUCCGUCGGUUCCGCGGCCGAAGAAAAGCAGCCAAGAUGCACGCUUACCUUUCUUGAGGCUGUCCCUAGUGCAGGCGGUCACUGCGUUGUCUAUUUCUAUGAGCAGCUCCUUCGAUCGCAUGGGACUUCUGUAUGAUACAGUUUUGGAAGCAAGACACGGCAAGGUUGCGCUGUUGGUCGAUCGCCUGGACAACCAGCGCAGUGAAUACUUUGCGGCGAAGGGUUUCCGAUGGACCGAUCCCAAGCGCGUGGGAGGACAUCUUGCUGAACACCUUGGGGUGGCAUCAACAGCUAUCCGUAACAUCGUCACCGAUAUCCCCAACUUUGUUCGCACCCGUCGACGACCUAUACGAUCAGGAUUCCACGUCGCCCUACUCUCGAUCAUCCCGAAGAUUGGCCAUUUCCAGAUUCUGGUUCCCACAAAGGACCGGUCGACCAUCCCUUUGAUGGAACUUUCGGAAGGGGCGUUCGAUGCCUUUCGCAAGAACGCGCGUCGACUGAAGAGCUAUUUACGGCCACUUCUGAGAGAUAUGGAUCGCAACACCGUACAGGUCAACGAUUACAUUCUUGCAUCUGAGAUUAUGGCCGCGAUGACCCGCAUUGGUGUCGGCAUCGACUCAAGCGCACAAAUUCCCUUGCGGUCUUUGAAAGUACCGACUGACGUCCUUACGCUGCGUCCGAAGCCCACUGGGGAUGUCUUGGACUUUCUCAGAGAGCCGGGAACCCCAUCGUCGGUGGCAUACCGAGUUCAACAUGAUACCUGGGCCUCCUCUCCGUUCUUCGACAAAGCUAGUAUGGGUUCGGACAUCAACCUCCUACUUCUGACACAGAUCCACACGGACGUCAGUAAGAAGUAUAACCCUCCUUCCGGUUUCACCUACAUCGACCUGUCCGUCUUCGAAGCGAUGCACUACUCGAGGUGCUUUCCUGAGCGCUUCCACCACGCUAUAGCGCUGGAGCUCGACGCUGAGUGGCAGAACAAGAUUGCUCCUAGUUUAAAGAAUUGGGAAAACGAUGAAGUUAAGGCCGGGCAUGAAGCAGAUGCCGAUGAAGCUCAUCGUCAAUCACUGGCUUCUGCGCGACACUCCAUAGUCGACAUGUACGCUGCCGCCGGGGCCGAUAGGCAACGCAAUCCGAGCCAAGAGCAGAUCCCGGGCGAGGAUAGUCACGCCGUCAUCGAUGUGGACCAGAUACUCGCUGAAGGACCGCCCGGUGAUGAUGUUAUGCCCGAAGAGAUGGAUAACUGGGUGCCGCCGUCGCCUCCUCGUGGUCAAGCGGGAAAGACGAAAGACCAGGGGAUUAUGGGCAAGCUCAAAGGGUUGUACAACAACGAGGGCCAACCGGCGGACCUCACCCAAUCCACGUCGAAUUUCUCGAACGAAUCGUCCUCAUCUUUCGAGCCACAGGCGACGCCGGUGUUCAGAGGCCACACGGGCAAUACAACCGCGAUCAAUUCCGACAACAGUUUUAACGAACGAAUCGAGAUGGAGCGAUACCUCAAAGGCUCCGGUGACCCCGCCGGCAACGAUGCAAAACAGGUCUCGCGCCGGGCAUGGCAGGCUCUCCGCUGGAUCAAGUUGUACUUGAAUAAUGAUACUAUGCGGAACCACAGUUCUACGGCCCUCACCUCCGCCAACCCCACUGGCUCCGCCACCACCGCUGGCACCGCUCCAGGCGCUCCAUAUUGGAAUGCGCAGUCACUGACUCCGCCCCCAUCGCGACCACACCGGAACGUCCCAUCGCCGUUGUCCAUCAAUACCCAAGCAGUACCAAACCCAGGGGACGCAUAUUCUCCCUCCACGUCGGCAGUCGAUUUGCACAAAGCUUUGGAGGAUCACAACAUCGAGGUACAGAACAAGUUAGUAGAGGAGGAGGACGCCAUACCUUCGCCAACGUCCACGACUGCGAGCAUAUUGCCAGGGUCUUUGACGCGCAAUCACCGUGCUUGAGACCAUACCCCGGCUUUCACCAUGCAUAGUGGUCGUGCAUCGUGAAAACUACUCGUCUACGGCGUACAUUCGGACUCUGAGCAGUUGGAGCAAUUUCGAAAGUAUCUUGUACUUAUCGCAAUUUGGCGUCCCAGGCCAUCGCAGUCGGACAUUCUCAUUUCCUUCAGACUUUCUUGUACAUAUAUGCUCGUCGACGUACCCGUUUGUCCACCUCUACCGUCAGUAUCUAAAUGUGAG